AACAUUCAAAACCCUAAGUUCCUAAUGAUCUCUCUCCAACUCUCCCUCUCUCGUUCUCUGCCUCCCAUCAAAACCUCCACCCACCCCGCCCUCCUUCUCUUCUCCGGCGUCGUUGGCCGCGGUGCCUGGAUCCAGCGAAGCCGUGCCUCUAUUUCUCCUCAUAUCUCAACAGAUUUUCACCUCUCUCCUUCUCAUCCCUCAAUUCCUCAGUUCGUGCCCUAGAUCUUCUUCCAAAAUGUUGUCACCUCAAGGAUCUCCGCCACGAUUAGCUCCGGCGAGGCUGGCUGCCGCCGCCUCUGAAAUUGGCGAGGCAAUCGUCAUCCCCUGUUCUCACCGAUGGAGGCGAGGCGGUGCUUUGUCCUUGGCCUCGGCCGAUGAUUAUAGCAGUCAAUGUCGCGCCUCUCUCUCUCCCAUCGUCCUUCUCGGUCUUCAGCACCCCAAAUCCUAAACCCUAGGUUGUCGCAGGCGGCCUAUCAUCGAAGCCUCUCAGGAAAUCCAACUUUCCCUUCACGACCUAUCUCGCGCUCCUCUCUUUUUUCCCCAAAUCUAGAAACCUAGGUCAUUUGUCGCCACCGCCACCGCCUCCAUCGGUAGUCGCCUCCCUCGCACUGAAAUACUCGAAUUUUGAAGGCGGAGGCCCUCUCUCUCAGAUAAUAUGCACAAAUUGGGUUCCUGAACUCUGCACAAUUCUCUCCUUAUCUAUCUCCACUCUCCAACUCCAGUUGAGACUGUAUUCCAUGAAUUUGGCCAUGCUCUUCAGCAUAUGCUGAAGAGGCAGGAUGAGGGUUUUGCUGGAAUAAGGAAUGUAGAGUGGGAUGCCGUGGAAACAAGUUUUGGGAGGAUGGCAAGAUCUUUAGCUAAUUUUCUUUACAAAGGCAUUGCUGCAUUUUCAGCUGCUAGUUCAACUGUAAGACUCUGAUGAUUGGUAUGUGCGGUGCUUCUCAGGUCUAUUGACUAAGAAAUUUAUCGCUUUGAUAAAGCAUGCAAAGGAUGGUGAACUUGAUCUAAACAAGCUGGCUGACACUUUGCAGUACUGAAGCCAUCUGAAGUUGCCCCUGCAACUUCCUCAGUUAUCUCAAAACUUCUUGGGCAGUAUAUGGAUGUCUCAGCUGUGAAAGUUAUAGAAGGUGGUAUUCACGAAACAAGUGCAUUACUGGAACAAAAAUGGGACAAAAUAUUUUACACAGGGAAUAGCAAGGUUGGACGUGUUAUAUUAGCUGCUGCUGCUAAGCAUCUUACACCUGUGAUUUUGGAGCUUGGUGGGAAAUGUCCAGUAAUCGUUGAUUCAAACAUCAACUUAACAGUUGCGGCAAGAAGAAUAAUCUCAGGCAAGUGGGGAUGCAACAGUGGACAAACCUGUGUUUCACCUGAUUAUAUAAUAACUACAAAGGACUAUGCAUCAAAAUUUGUUGAUGCUCUUUCAUCUGAACUAGAAAAAUUCUAUGGAAAGGAUCCUGUGAAUUCAAAGGACUUGUCAAAAAUUAUAAAUUCCCGACAUUUUGAACGUCUAACAAAGCUUUUGGAUGAAGAGAAGGUUUCCAGUAAAAUAGUUAUUGGUGGUCAACGGGAUAAAGCCAAUCUCAAGAUCACUCCCACUGUUAUACUGGAUGCCCCACAAGAUUCUCUGAUCUUGAAUGAGGAGAUUUUUGGUCCUUUACUUCCCAUUAUCACGUUGUAUAUUUCUCAACCCCAACCGGACUCAGCUUCAGGAGGUACUCUUCACUCUGCCGUCGCGAGCAGAUUAACAUUUAUAUAGUUGAAGGACAAGAUACAAGAUUAUAGAGCUUAUAGAGAGGUGCUGGUUUUAGAAGGCAACGGAAGCCCUAGUUUUUUUUUUUUUUAGUUGGGCUCAAAACAUUAUGUAUGAAUGUUUUGUGAUAUAUAUAAUAUAUGUUAUUGAUGGUUUUAUCAUUUUGUUGUUUUAA